AUGUCAGAGGAUGGAAAGGUGACAACAGUCCUAUUAGGGUUUCUAGUAUAUGUACGAAUUGGGCUGAGGUGGGAAGGUGGCUGGGCUGGGUCAUUUUGGGCUGGAGAAUGUGCGGGUGGAGUGAUUAUGGGUGCAAUGGAGGUAGGGGCUGAGGCUUGGGGGUUGGGUGAUGGUAAGAGAAGAGCAAUGGGGGCCAGGGCAACUGAUGGUUACGGCUCCGAGACGGGGGCAGAUGCCGAUGAUGAUGAUGAUGUGACAUGUGGUGGCAUUGAAGAAGAAACAACCGAUGCAACAGGCAUGGUGGGUGAGUGUACAGGAACAUAUGUAACUGGAGGAAGAGAGGAGACCCAAGUGUGA